AUGGCCCGGGAAUUAUCUGGAUCUAAUAAAAAGUUCAGGUCUAAAAACCGUGGACGAACUUCUUUGAGAUCUUCUAUUGCUCCUAAAGGUACACUGACUGAAAAAAAUGAACCUAUAAUAAAAUCAUCUGCAUCUUCUAUUAAGAAAACCACUAAAAGACCAAAAAAAUAUGCUGCUCCAGCCACAACCACGUCUUCUUCUCGAGAAGCUCGCUCUUCGUAUAAUGAACUUUUGGGGUUUUUAAAACCCAAACAAAAGAAACAAAAAGUUGAGCUGGUAGAAGAUGAUGAAGAAGAUUACGGGAAUGGUUCUGAAAAUGAAGAUCUUAUGCAAGACGAUGAAGAAGAAGAAGAAGAAGAAGAAGAAGAAGAAGAAGAAGAAGACAUUAAUGCCAAUUUGAACGAGGAAAAAGAAAUUUCUCAAGAACAGAAUAAUCACGAAUUGGAUAGCAAUUAUGAUAGUUCAGAUGAAAGAAAUCAGUUAGAAGGCUUUAACGAACCCCAAGAAACCCCUGGUUCUGAUGAGGAACAAGAAGAAGAGGAACAAGUCGAUGAAGACUUUGAAGAAAAGAAUGAAGAUCCUUCAAAUGAAAACGAUUUAUAUUUUAAGCAUUUUCAAAGUGUUGACUCAAGUGUUUUUGAACCACUCCCUCCACCACCAACUGUUCUUAGCUCUGCUAAACCUUCCAUUAAUUUGACGCCAUCAAGUGCAGCAGCUGCAGCAGCAGCUAUUGCUGCCUCUGAGUCUUUAGAAUGGACUCCCAAACCUUACACUGCUAUACCACAAUCAUCUUUCCCUCACAGAUCUCUUUUGUAUACUCUUGAAACACCUCACGGCAAUUUCUGCCCAAUAGAAAAAUCGAUUGAAAAUUCAAAAUCCAUUUCAAAUUUUACUGUUCGACCAAAAUUAAAAGACCCAUGGGCUCAUGAAAACCCCAAACUUUCUCAAAUUCAAAAGGAUCUUCUUAGUCCCCUUUUUAGCUACAAGGAUAUUCUUUUCCCUUUAUUGACACCAGAAAAUCAUUCAGACAUUAGAAAGCUUUACUGUCUUCAUAUUCUCAAUCAUAUCUAUAAAGCACAAAGAACAAUAUACAAUAAUGAUCUCCAACUGAGAUUACCCGGUAGCGACCCUGAUUUGGAGUUUCACGACCAGGGGUUUACGAAAACAAAAGUUUUGCUUAUAUUACCCACUAAAGACGCCUGCUACAAGGUUCUCUCUCAACUUGCCAUUUUAUCUAACUUGGAAGAACUGGCAAACAAAAAAAGAUUUAAGGAUGCAUUUUAUUUUAACGAAAAACCACCUUCCCACAGACCCGACGAUUUCAUUGAACUCUUUUCCGGAAAUUCAGAUGAUAUGUUUUGUUUGGGUAUUAAAAUCACAAUGAAGUCAAUGAAGUUUUAUGCAAACUUUUAUGAUGCUGAUAUCAUUGUUGCCAGUCCUUUGGGUCUCGACAUGAUUAUAGGCAAAGAAGGUGGUGAAAAGAAACCUGAGUUUGACUUUUUGUCAUCUGUCGAACUUGCUAUUGUCGACCAGGCCGAUGCCAUGUAUAUGCAAAACUGGGAACAUGUUCAAAACAUUUUCAACAAACUAAACGUCACUCCCCGUGAUGCACACGGUUGCGAUUUCAGCAGACUUAAGCCCUGGUUUACUGAAGAAAAGUCUGCUUACUUCCGUCAGUCAGUCAUUCUCACUCAAUACCUUUCUCCUGAAAUGAACUCGUUGUUUUCCAACUCAUGCUUUAACCUUGCAGGCAAGUUGAAAAUUAGACCUGUUUACGAAGGUGCCAUGGCCAAUAUUAGUGGUGGCAAUAUCCGCAUUCGUCAGACAUUCUCCCGCCUGGUACCUCCUAGAAACUCUCAUGAAGACUACGAAAACGAUCCUUCUAAAGAUCCUGAUCUUCGGUUUACUUAUUUCACAACAGUGAUUCUCCCUUCUAUUCUUCGUGGCGCUGAUCCAUCAGGAACUUUGAUUUACAUUCCUUCUUAUAUGGAUUUUACCCGAAUUCGAAACUACCUAGACAGCAAGAAUGAUAUUGCAUUUGGUGUCAUUUCGGAAUACACAGAGAUUCCGGAGGUUACACGUACUCGUGCGUAUUUCAAAGAUGGCAAGAUUAAGAUUUUACUUUACACUGAGCGUUUCCAUCACUUUAGACGUUAUGAAAUCAAAGGCGUCACAACAGUGGUUUAUUACGGUCUCCCUGAAAACCCCCUCUUUUACAACGAGGUCACUCGCAACCUGAUCCAAACUGUUGCCGAUAGAAAACUUGACCCGGAAAUGGUAAAAGUCAGAGCCAUCUACUCGCAAUGGGAUGCCUUAAAAUUAGAGCGUAUUGUGGGCACAAAACGCGUGGGUAUCAUGCUCAAGGGCACUAGCGAGACUUAUGAGUUUAAAUAA